GAGCCUCGGAAGCCCCAGCCAGGCCAGCUCUCCUCCGGCAGUGGCUCUGUCCGCAGGAGCAUGAAGCUCUCCGUGGCUGUCAUCUCCUUCUUCCUCGUCGUCCUCCUCCUCAUCACCAUCGUCCUAGGGGCCAAGACUAAAUCCUCCUCACGAGGACCUUACCACCCCACGGAGUGCUGCUUCACCUACGCUACCCACACCAUCCGGCGGCAACGGAUCACAGAUUAUUAUGAGACCAGCAGCCUGUGCUCCAAGCCUGGAAUUGUCUUCAUCACCCAGAAGGGCUACCCCAUCUGUGCCAACCCCAGUGAUGACUGGGUCCAGGACUACAUCAAGGAGCUGGAGUAGACCUGAGCGACCCAGAAGCAGUGGGGAAGGCUGCAGCUCGGAAUCUUACAGAGAAUAGGCCAGGGUCCCCUCCCCACCCCCGCUCCCAAUUCUCAGCCCCAGCCACCCCCUGGGAGCUGCCCUGCCUUGAAUUAAAGAUCAUUCAUGCCCUCCAACCCCCACAAUGUGACUCAGUGGUUUGAGCAU